CUUAGCAAAGUGCAAACUUGCUACUGAUAGACUGGACGCCUAUAAAUAACAGGAAAUAAUGUCUGUGGAAAAAAACAUCGUUAUCAUCGGUGGCGGCAUCAUUGGCUCUACCUCGGCGUAUUUCUUGUCCCGCCACCAGAAGUUCAAUCCCACCAUUCAUUCCAUCACUCUUCUUGAGGCAACAAGGAUCGCUGGCGGGGCAUCGGGCAAAGCUGGUGGUUUGCUCGCAUUGUGGGCAUAUCCUUCGGCAAUUGUGCCGCUGAGCCAUCGAUUACACAAGCAGCUGGCUGAUGAGCAUAGUGGUGCGGAACGAUGGGGAUACCGAACUGUGCACUGUGGGCAAAUCGAUGCGAGAGGAAGACCUUUGGAAGACGAGAGCUUGAAAUGGAACAACGACAAGAGGGCAAAAACAGAAGACGGAGGGCUUACGAAUAGCGGUGUGGAUCUUGUUAGUCUACAGAAGAGGUCCAAGGAAGCGAUUGGUCUUUUGAAGCGAGCUGGGGUGCCGAAGGACUUGGACUGGGUAGAUCCGGCAUCCACGAUAGCGUACGAAGAGAUGGGCGAUCCGACAACGACGGCACAAGUGCAUCCAUACUUGUUCACGACCGCAAUGGCCGAUCUGGCUCAGGAGCGGGGCGCAAAAAUCGUAUACGGGUCUGCGACGGCCAUCAAUACGUCGGCGGACGGAAGAGUCGAAAGUGUGUCGUUCACGUCCAAAGACGACGGCGCCCUUCGGACGCUCUCAGCAUCGGAGGUAGUCCUCUCAGCUGGGCCAUGGACGCCGCGCAUCUGGCCGACGGCGCCCAUCUCCGCCGUGCGCGCCCACAGCGUCACAAUCCGGCCCUCGGAACCGCUCUCGGCGUACGCGCUUUUUACGUCGAUAUUACUGCCCAAGAACUUCUACGCGCAAGCCGGCGCAAGAAAAUCCGCACCGAGACACGUGACGCCGGAGAUAUACGCUCGGCCCAACGACGAAGUGUACGCUUGCGGCGAAGGUGAUCGGCUCGUCCCCUUGCCCGCGACCACGGAUCUGGUCGAGGUGGACGAGGAAAGGUGUCAGAACGUUGUUGAUUAUGUUGGCUCGAUAAGCGAUGAACUGCGACAUGGCGAAGUCACGGCAAGACAGGCUUGUUAUCUGCCCAAUUUGAGCACGGGUGGAAGCCCGCUUAUUGGGAAGACAAGCACCAAAGGCCUCUUCUUGGCGGUUGGCCAUACAUGCUGGGGCAUCCAGAACGCACCCGCAACCGGGAAGCUGAUGUCGGAGUUUGUAUUUGAUGGAGAAGCGAAAAGCGCGAAGGUCCAAGGGGGAAGCUUGGAUCCGAUACAGUACGGUCUUUGAGGACGAGACAUGUGUCUCCUGUUUAUAUAGAUCGAGAAGUCUCCCCGAGUGACGACAUAGCGCUAGUGAUUUUUCCUCUGCAAGCAAUGUUUGCUGCAACUCUUUUGUAAAUUAAGCACUUCGUGCAUUGAUGUCAUAAAUCGGCGACCCGUUGGACCUCCUGUUGUUGGCUACAUUCAAGAAGGAGAUUUAAAUGGCGUAAACGCUUCGUGGAACGACGUAGAAUGCAAAUCGGAUUUAUCGCCGAAUCCUGCCUUCUCGCACCAAAUGGUCAGGUUCAAUUAGCGACAUCUUGAUAUAAGGACUGACUGCGGAAUUGCUUCAGCCGGCUCG